AUGGCAGCUGCAAAGGCACGGUGGUUCAGCUCAGUCAGAUCGCAGUCUGCAAGGUCGCAGGAGCUGAUGAUCCGGUUGAUCUCCUCGAUGUCUUUGGAGAUGGCAAGGUUGAGCUUUAGUUGUCGUAGUCGGGGUCGGUCGGACAUCUGACCCUGGGGUGUUCCUUUCCUCGGCUACGCGCCUUUCCUCUUCGGUGGUUGCCUCUACGAGAAAUUCCACCGCCUGAAGGAGAGAUACGGCGACGUGUUCUACAUGAAUCUGGCCGGGAGGGACGUGGUGAUCCUCGGCGAAGAAAGCAUAAUACGGAAUGCAUUCUCCAAACCCAACCUCACCGACAGAUGCGACGUCGUCAUGUUCAGGCUUUUCUCCAGCGGCAACAAUGGGCUCGUGGGUUCGAGCGGAAGCCUGUGGCACGAGAACCGACGAUUCACCAUCAAGGCCCUCCGGGAAUUCGGGCUCGGGAGUGCACCGAAGUUGAACGCCACGAUUCUCCAGGAAGUCCUCAAGAUUUGCGAAAUGGUCAGACGGAACGAGAACGAACCGGAAGACCUUCGACUCCCGAUCAACGUGGCCGUACUCAACAUCAUCUGGAAGCUGACCGCAGGUUCGGGGAAGCAGUUCGAACACGACAGCUGCGAGCUGCACGGAUUCCUGGAGCGUUUGUCCUUCCUCACGGAAGACGUCCUCAGCAUGGGACCGUUCCAGAUCUUUCCAUCGCUCGUCUGGUUCUGGUCUCCCGUUCGAAGGGCCUAUCAGCGAUUCGUUCUGGGGGUCUCUCAGGGGCGGCGAUUUGAGAAGUCGUCUGGGUUCAUACCGUUUGCGACCAUUGCCAAAGAGGUGGAAAAGCACAAGCAGUCCUUGGAAGGAAAGGCUCCCAGAGACUACAUCGAUGCGUAUUUGCAGCAAAUGGAGGAGUUGGCGAAGAGAGGGGAGUCUAAUCCCAAUUUCACCGAGUUGCAGCUCUGGGCAAACGUGUCGGAUCUCUUCUUCGCCGGGAGCGAGACAACGACGAACGGCAUCCACUGGUGCAUCCUCUUCCUCCUACGACAUCCAGACAAGCAAGAGAGACUCCAAUCGGAGGUUGAUCAGGUUGUGGGAAAGGAUAGGCUUCCGUCUCUCGACGAUAGGCAACAGACGCAUUGUCGCCAACGUGUUAAGAAAACUGGGGGUGGAUCUCCCCUUCCACCCCUUUCUCCUGAAACCGAGAAAACGUUUGAUGCGCUGGGAGGAAACAUAGCCAUGCAAUUGAGCAAUCCGUUCGACGAUAAUGGACUGAAUGUGGGAGUUGCAGAGAACCAGGAGAUCACAGCACAAAUGGCAGAAGAGUCUUUGGAAGGAUCAAUGACUGACCACGAUAAUCGCGAUGAGCCAUCAACGCCCAAUGAAGCAAGGACAAGAAGAGCCCAAAUUAUUGAAAAAGUAUUGAAGGGAAAUCGCCGGGCGUCUCAAGGACGAAAGGAGCAGAAACGAAAGACCGAAAGGGUCACAGCAGCUGAAGAGGUACUAGUUGCCCACGAAAAAGAAAAGCACCAGCUGCUUAUGGAGAUCAGGAGUCAGGAG